AUGGGGCAUCUCGUCACAGUGGCCACCUGCGCCCUCAAGCAAUGGGCGCUGGACUAUGAGCAGAACACCGCCCGCAUCAUCGAGAGCAUCAAGCUCGCCAAGCAGAAGGGCGCCCGAGUCCGCGUCGGCAGCGAGCUCGAGGUGUGCGGCUAUGAAUGCUAUGACCACUUCCUGGAGCAGAUGCUGGAACGAAUCCUGAAAGACGAGAGUCUCUAUGAUAUUCUGAUUGAUGUUGGAAUGCCGGUGCAGCACCGCGGCGUGCCAGCCGAAGCUAGAAGUGCAUGGAGUAUGCUAAUGGUCCCUCCCAUAGGCUACAACUGCCGGGUUAUUUGUCUCAACGGCAAGAUCCUCUUGAUCAGGCCCAAGAUGUGGCUGGCCAACGACUCCAAUUACUUUGAAAUGCGGCACUUUACCCCAUGGAUGAAGCCAAGGCAGUACGAAGAGUAUCAUCUUCCUCGGAGGAUCCAGAAGCUCCAGGGUGCAACCCAUGUCAUCUUUGGUGAUGCGGUGAUCUCCACUCCCGAUACCUGCAUCGGGGUUGAAUCCUGCGAAGAGCUUUUCACUCCGGAUGCGCCUCAUACCCAUAUGGCUCUGGAUGGUGUCGAGAUCUUCACCAACAGCUCCGGCUCUCACUUCACGCUGCGAAAGCUUGGCCUUCGUUUGGAAUUAAUCCAGGAGGCCACGCGCAAGAAUGGAGGCGUUUACAUCUACGCAAAUCAGCAAGGCUGCGGUGGUGAUCGCCUCUAUUUCGACGCCUCAGCCAUGAUUCUCCUCAAUGGAGAGGUUGUUGCUCAGAGCAAGCAGUUUAGUCUUAACGACGUCGAGGUCGAGGUCGCCACCAUCGAUCUCGAGGAGGUGCGCGCCUACCGAUCUGCCAUUUCCCGGUCUCUUCAAGCCGCCAAGUCCGAUGCAAAGUACCACCGGAUCGAGACGAGUUUCGAACUGAGCUCCGAGGCGGGUGAUCUCGAUCUUCGCCAUGGUCCGAGCCCGCCGAUGCAACCAAAGAUCUACUCGCCAGAAGAAGAAAUUGCGCUCUGCGCGAGCUGCUAUCUCUGGGAUUAUUUGAGACGCUGCGGCGCGGCGGGCUACCUGGUCCCACUGUCGGGAGGUAUCGACAGCUGUGCGACUGCGGUUCUCGUCUUCUCGAUGUGUCGGCUCGUGGUCGAAAACAUCAAAGCCGGCAACAAGCAAGUCAUCGCGGAUGUCAAGCGCUUGGCCAAGUACUCGGAGAAGUUACCGGAGACGCCGCAAGAGCUGUGCAAUCAGAUUUUCCACACCGUCUACAUGGGAAUGUCCAAGCAGAGUUCCAAAGAGACUCGGCAGCGUGCGAGAGAUCUCGCCGACGCGAUUGGCGCGUAUCACGUCAAUCUGGACAUUGACCAUGUCUACGAGGCGCAGCGCAACCUCAUCGUCAAUUCCUUGGGUUUCGAACCGAAAUUCAAGGUCGAGGGAGGCUCGGUUGCCGAGAACCUGACUCUCCAGAACAUCCAGGCGCGGUCCCGGAUGGUGACUGCAUAUGAAUUCGCUCAGAUUCUGCCAACUGUCCGCGGGCGUCCAGGUGGCGGUGGUCUUCUGGUGCUUGGUUCCGCGAAUGUGGGAGAAUCUUUGCGAGGAUACUUGACCAAAUACGACUGCUCGAGCGCUGAUAUCAACCCCAUCGGCAGUAUCGACAAGAGCGAUCUCAAACGUCUCAUCGCUUGGGCCGAGAAAGAAUUCGAGCUUCCCUGCCUCCAUGACUUCCUCACGGCGGUGCCCACGGCAGAGCUGGAGCCGAUCACGGAGACAUACGUCCAGUCGGACGAGGCCGACAUGGGGAUGACCUAUGACGAGCUGACGGUGUUUGGCCGGCUGCGCAAAGUGCACAAGCUGGGUCCGUACGGCAUGUUCCAGCGACUGGUGCACGAAUGGGGGCGUGAUCGAGAGGACGGGCCGGCCCUCGAGCCCCGACAGAUCGCGGACAAGGUGAAGCGGUUCUUCCACUACUACUCGAUCAACCGGCACAAGAUGACGACGCUUACGCCGUCGCUGCAUUGCAACGACUACAGCCCGGAUGACAAUCGGUUUGAUAUGCGGCCGUUUCUGUAUCCGCCGUCGUACCAGGGGUGGGCGUUCAAGAAGAUUGACGAGGAGGUGGAGAAGAUGGAGCAGAUGCGGAGGAAUUAG